UUCUUCUCUCCCGCCGCUUUUUUCCUCCUUACAAGACCUAUUUGUACGUUUGCCGGAGUCUUGACGUCAGCAUGCCCAGUCACCACUUCCGGAGCACAACCGAUCUUUGCCUCGUCGAUACAUCGAUUAUCUACAGUGUGCCCACCAUUAUCAUCUCUGCCUCCAACUGAAUUUUUGUCAUCUCUCUCGUUGUUCGAAUUUGAUUCCACUAGGGUUCGAUUGGAUUUAGGGUUUGAAAUAUGGCAGCCGGCUUGAUCUCCAUUGACUCUGCUCUCCAUUUCCCUCGUUCACAUCAACUCGAUGGCUACAAGAGCUUAUCACACAGAAGGUAUGCGAAAUGGGUCUCUCCAAAAGCAGCUGUUGUACCUAACUUCCAUCUUCCAAUGCGCAGUCUCGAGGAUAAAAACAGGACAAACACAGACGACAUAAGGUCCCUUAGAGUGAUCACAGCCAUCAAGACACCAUAUCUACCUGAUGGGAGAUUCGACCUCGAAGCUUAUGAUGACUUAGUCAACACGCAGAUAGAGAACGGUGCUGAAGGUGUGAUUGUUGGUGGUACAACCGGUGAAGGCCAAUUGAUGAGCUGGGAUGAACACAUAAUGCUUAUUGGCCAUACUGUAAAUUGUUUUGGCGGAAGGAUCAAAGUCAUUGGAAACACCGGAAGCAACUCGACUAGGGAAGCUAUACAUGCCACUGAGCAAGGAUUCGCUGUGGGCAUGCACGCGGCACUGCACAUAAACCCUUACUAUGGGAAAACAUCCAUUGAGGGCAUGACCGCACAUUUUCAAACCGUUCUUCAUAUGGGACCAACGAUUAUCUACAAUGUGCCAGGUCGAACAAGUCAGGAUAUACCUCCACAAGUUAUCUUUAAACUCUCUCAGAACCCCAAUAUGGCUGGGGUUAAGGAAUGCGUGGGUAAUAACCGAGUUGAAGAGUAUACUGAGAAUGGAAUUGUUGUUUGGAGUGGAAAUGAUGAUCAGUGUCAUGAUUCUAGAUGGGAUCACGGGGCGACUGGAGUUAUAUCGGUUACCAGCAAUCUAGUUCCGGGUUUGAUGAGGAAGUUAAUGUUUGAAGGUAGAAACUCAGGGUUGAACUCAAAGCUUCUGCCUUUAAUAGAUUGGGUAUUCCAGGAACCAAAUCCGAUUGGUGUUAACACUGCAUUGGCUCAGUUAGGUGUGGCGAGGCCAGUUUUUCGAUUACCUUAUGUGCCAUUGCCUCUGUCCAAAAGGAUUGAGUUUGUAAAACUGGUGAAGGAAAUCGGAAGGGAGCAUUUUGUAGGAGAGAGAGAUGUUCAGGUGCUUGAUGAUGAUGAUUUCAUCUUAAUUGGUCGAUAUUAGACCGUCUUCCUUGAAAGUUGGCUCUGUUUAUACUCCUCUAUGAUACACUCACAGAGUUGAUCUGCUGGUCUGUUGCUUUUUAGUGAUGAAUAUGAUGGGUUUUGCUUACA